AGCUCCCAUUCCCGUGCCCUAGCCCCCAAUAAAACCCAACUGCCUCCUCCCGUAAACCCUAAACCAAUAGCCGCCGCAGGAGGAGGAGCUCCGGGGACUAUCAAUGGGUAUCGAUCUUAUUGCCGGCGGACGGAGCAAAAAGACGAAGCGCACCGCUCCCAAGAGCGAUGAUGUUUACCUCAAGCUUCUCGUCAAGCUCUACAGGUUUCUGGUAAGGAGGACGGGGAGUAAGUUCAAUGCUGUGAUUCUUAAAAGGCUCUUUAUGAGUAAGGUCAAUAAGCCUCCUCUCUCUCUGAGGAGGCUUGUAAAAUUCAUGGGGGGAAAGGAAAAUAAUAUUGCGGUGAUCGUCGGAACUGUUACUGACGAUAAGAGGGUGCAUGAAAUUCCAGUCAUGAAGGUGACGGCUUUGAGGUUCACAGAGACUGCUAGGGCAAGGAUUCUUAACGCCGGAGGAGAAUGCCUGACCUUCGAUCAACUUGCUCUUAGGGCGCCUCUUGGACAGAAUACGGUUCUUUUAAGGGGCCCUAAGAAUGCUAGGGAAGCUGUGAAACACUUUGGGCCUGCACCUGGUGUUCCGCACAGCCACACGAAACCUUACGUUCGUUCGAAGGGAAGAAAAUUCGAAAAGGCUAGGGGCCGAAGAAAUAGCCGAGGUUUCCGGGUCUGAGCUUUUUCAACUUCUCCUGCUGCUGAAUUUGAAAUCAAAUAUUUCUUGUCUGGUAGUAAAAACACUACGUGCCUUUCUUUUAUGCAGUUUUUCAGGUCUUUGUUUCUUUUUGUAUUUGUUGGAUAUUUUGAUGAGUUUUUUUUACUUUUUGUUUAUGAACGAACUUGUUAUUUUUUCGGUUUCGGUUUGGAUCUAAUCAUUCAGAUACUUUUUAAAUGA